AUGAUUACAUCAACAUCAUCACCAUUUAUUACAAACAAUGAUAAUGAAUCAGGGUUUAUUGAAAAGGAAUUAACAGUAAUAGACGAUGGAUUAGUAUCAUCUUACAACAAUGAAAUGAAGAGUGAUAUUAUGAAAGAACUAAAAAAGAUUGUCAAAGAGAUUGAUAAUGAUCAAUGGAUGUAUGAUUCAUCAAGUCCAAUGUUAUACACUAAAGGCGUUGUUUUGGGUUACAGAAGAUCCAAGGUUUCCCAAUACAACAACAUCUCACUCGUCAAGAUCGAAGGUGUUGUUACCCGUAAGGAUACCCGUUACUACUUAGGUAAGAAGGUUGCUAUUGCCCGUCGUGUCAAGCAAACCGAAAAGAACCCAAAGGGUGUCAAGAUCGUCUGGGGUAAGAUCUGCAAGCCACACGGUAACAGUGGUGCCGUCCAAGCUCGUUUCUCCAAGAACCUUCCACCAAAGGCUAUGGGUGCUAAGCUCCGUGUUAUGAUGUUCCCAUCUGCCAUCUAA